AUAUCAGGCUCCCAGAGACAGAGACAAACAGUUUGUUAUCGCUGUGGUGAUCUAGAAACCACAUGCGGGGUUAUUUGAUUGACACCACAGACCCUUGGUUAGGGAGUGAGUGCUGCUUGUAGGAGGUGCACCGUUAGUAAGUUUGGUUCAACAGCGGUGGGUGUGUGCGCGUGUUCCAACAUGGCUACACAGUUAGCCUCCCUAGCGGUAACGCUAGUCCUUUUGGCAGUAUUUUUCCGAGUGACCACCCAAAAUACAGCCCAACAGGCGUCCAGUUUGCAAAACCAAGUGAAGAAAUAUCAAGACAGCCGGGCAGAUAUCGUCUUUCUGUUGGACAAUUCCGGCAGCGUUGGGAAAUAUAACUUUGAGACCGUGGAAAUCGCCUUUGUUGAGAACUUGCUCAGCCAACUGACCAUCAGUCCUCACGCCUCGCGAGUCGCCGUCGUGUCGUUUGACGACGUUGCCCGGACCCACAUCGACUACAUCAAGUACCCGAAGAACAAGUGCUCGUUUCUGAGGGAACUGAAGACGGUGAAGUACAUCGGAGAGUGGACCAACACGGACGACGCUUUCCGCUUAGCACAGGAGCUACUACGGCCAGCAUCUUAUUUCAAGCCGCCAGAGAGGCCAGUUAAGCAAGUGGCGAUACUUCUAACGGAUGGUCACCCGACUCGAGGGAACGACCCUGUGGGUAGGGCCAACAACCUGAAAUCUACCUACAAUGCAGAGAUAUUCAGCAUUGGUAUUGGCGGUAACCUGAACAAGCAGCAGCUGUAUGAUUUGGCCACGGACGCCAGCCACGUGUAUCUUUCUCCAAACUUCGUGGACUUCAAAGAUCUCGCAAAACGAAUUAGGGGAGAUCCCUACUCCAAGCGGUACGUGACUGACGGAGUGACGUCUGGAGACUGCUCUUCACCGAGCUGCGGGUCGAACUCCGAGUGCACCUGCGGGUCCGAGACCGGGGAGUACGAGUGCGCAUGUAAGCCUGGAUACUACGGAACCGGCAGAGGGGCACCGUGCACCGCGUGUCCGAAAGGCCGCUACAAGGAACUCCUGGCGCCCAGCGUGUCGGGAUGCCCGGGGACCUGCCCGGCUAAGAGCAGCACCAAAGGCACGGCGUCCACCAGUCCCAACCAGUGUGUCUGUAACGAGGGGCAUGAAGGAAACCCAUGGGGCUCAGGGUGCAAACCUGUUCGCUGUGAUCCCAGACUGGAGGCUCCUGAUGGAGGAACCGUGCAGCCAGCAAACUGUAACAACGAGUAUCUCACCACGUGCCAAUUCCAAUGUAACUACGGAUACAAAAUGUUGAGUGGAACACCGGAAAGAACGUGUCACGCCAACAAGACCUGGAGUGGAGCCCCCGUUAUCUGUCAGAAAAUAGAGUGUGCAGGUCUGGCGGUGCCGUCAGACGGUCAAAGGGCAUGUGUGACGUCAGACGGUCAACAGGCGACUGGAACAUAUCCUUAUGAAACCACUUGUACAUUCACCUGUAACAAAGGAUACACCUUACAGGGGAGCAGUGUGCGGAAGUGCUUACAAGAAGGAAAGUGGGACGGCACAGAGGCAAAAUGUCUCGUUAAAAAGUGUGACGCCUUACCGAUGGUGGUAAACGCCACCGUGAGUCCGUCCUCCUGUGUUAGUGAGGCCCAGAAGUUUGACACGGCCUGUCAGUUCACCUGCCAAGAUGGCUACAGGAUGGACGGAACUGCCAACAGAGUUUGUCAGGAAGACGGCAGCUGGUCCAACCAACAACCAUCGUGUAUAGAUGAACAACCACCACGCCUGGUCAUCGGCUGUCCAGCGGACAUCGUGAACAGUACAGAAGAGGGUCAGAACUACCUGACUGUCGACUGGACCGUUCCUGCAGCUGUAGACAACUCGGGGAAGACACCCAAGAUGACCGUGACGCCGGCUGGCAUCAAACCUCCUCACAAGUUUCCCAUCACAACUGGGCUGCCGACUGUCGUCACGUACACGUUCACUGAUGACAGCGGCAUGGAAAACACGUGUUCAUUCGACGUAAAGGUCUUAGACACAGAGGAUCCCAAGCUCACUGAACAUUGCUCCAAUAUCAAGAUAGAAACAAAGGACGAGUCUGUAGGUGUGAACUGGACUGAGCCGGUUUUUACUGACAACUCCAAACAACCUGUGAGAGUGAACUGCGACAAGGACAGCGGGCAGCGCUUCUAUUGGGGGACGACCUGGGUCACGUGUACAGCACGUGAUACCCACGACAACUCCGCCGAGUGCCGUUUCUCCGUGGCAGUGACCCCUACAAGAUGCCCCCAUCAAGAUCCACCAAUCAACGGCGCUCUCUCAUGCGACCGUUGGCUCUAUGGCCAGUUCUGCAGUGUACAGUGUGAGGAACGAUUUGAUUUCUACACGGAACCGGCUCGUAUGUAUGUCUGUGGGUCCUCCGGACAAUGGAGAACCGACCCGCCAGGCAAGGAGACCAAAUGGCCAGACUGUUCAUUGAAACGAAUUCCAGGUUACUCCAAAGGAAUUGAGUUCCAGUACUACGUCGGAGACUGUGAGGACGAGGAGACUCAGAAGCAAAUCAAACAAAACUUUAUCGACCUCUUCAACAGCACGGUGUUUGGGAGGUACGGCGGUUGUGUAGGCAACGUGAAUUGUAGCGUGGACAACGUGGCCGUGUUCUGUGGCGAGAAGGACGAAGACAUCGUGGUGGACUGGGUUCCCGAGGAAGACGGGGGACUGGACGGACCUGCCAGGAAAAAACGAUCGGUGAAGAGACGCGGCAGACUCAUCACCAUCCGCCUUUUCAUCAAGACACAGUACAAGAACGCAGAUCCUGUACAGGGAGAAUCAAAGGAGGUUAAGAAGAAGAUGAAACAACUAAAAGAAGACAUGAACGAAAUUGUGAAGAAGGCGAAAGAAGAUGUUCGGACAGGACAGCUGGGUGACAUGGCCCUGACCGCCGGCGGACGGCGGAGAGGUCAGAUGCUGGCUCUUGCCCGAGUGAGCGGUUCGGCAGGAGAAGACGUGGGGAUAAUAGACCUGGACACGGACGCGGUUCUGAGCUGCGACAGAGGACAGAUCCUGGAGGAUAACCUUUGCGUUGACUGCCCGGUCGGAACCUACUACACUGAUGUCAGUGGCGAGGCUACGUGCGACGUUUGUCCGCUGGGCUCCUAUCAGGACGAAGAAGGACAGACCGAGUGUAUCCAGUGUGAGCCGGGAUUCUUCACUGCAGGCAACAACAGCAAGAACGCGACAGACUGCAGGGGCCAGUGUCCACAGGGGACAUAUUCAGAGACGGGAUUAGAGACCUGCAUGUUCUGUCCAAAGGGCACGUAUCAGAACCAAGAGGGAGCCACUGAGUGCAUCGCCUGUGAGGAGGGCACAACAACGGGAGGAGUGGGCACAGUGGACAAGGACGACUGCAGUAGGUUAUGUGUGCCCGGCAGUUUCUCCCGGACCGGUACAGAUCCGUGUGCCCUGUGUCCAGUCGGCACGUUCCAGCCCGGACAUGGUCAAACCGAAUGUUUGUCCUGUCCUCUGGGCACGGGGACAGACGCCGUGGGGUCGGAGGCGUCCAGCGACUGCGUUGAACUUGACUACUGCCAGUCCUUCCCCUGCCAAAAUGGCGGAUCGUGCAGCAUGCAGGGGUCAGAGUUCAACUGCCAGUGCCCAGCCGGGUUUGAAGGCGACAUGUGUGACGUCAAUGUAGAUGAGUGCGCGGCAAUGCCGUGUUACUCCUUAGCUACCUGCUUGGAUAGAGUUGACGGAUAUGAGUGUGUUUGUGCUUCCGGUUGGACCGGUGAACGGUGUGACGUCAACAUCGAUGAGUGUGCGCCUGCGCCGUGUUUGAAUGGAGCAACUUGUGUUGAUGAGGACAACGGGUUCCUGUGCCUGUGCGCGGAUGGAUACAGCGGUACGUUCUGUGAAGUCAACAUUGACGACUGUAGUGACAGCCCGUGUAACGACACGGCCGUGUGUGUGGACCUGGUGGACAGUUUCCAGUGCCUGUGUCAGGACGGCUACACCGGAAAAUACUGCGAGGUCGACAUCAACGACUGUGAGGCCGAACCCUGUCAGAAUGGCGGAAAGUGCACGGAUGAAGUUGGAAGGUACAUCUGCCAGUGCAAACCUGGGUUUGUCGGCUACAACUGUGAACUGAAUGUGAACGAGUGCGCGUCCAACCCCUGUCUGAACCGUGCACACUGUGAGGACAAGAUCAACUCAUAUCAUUGUCACUGCGCACCUGGAUUUGGAGGGACACACUGUGAAGACGAGCUUUCUGCAGAUUUUGACCUGAAGUUCCCCAAGGGGAUGCUUUCCGAGUUCACCUCCGCUAAAAUGGAACCAGAUCUGUCCGCUGUCACUGUCGCCUUCUGGAUGAAGAUGGCUCUGGACAAAAAGGAUCACAAAUACGUCUUCUCGUACGCAGCAGAGGAAGAUGGUGUGGUCCAGGACAAUGCUCUUGUUAUUGAAGUGGACAACUUUAACGAGUUCCUGUUUAUGGUCAACGGAGAGAAGAUCACGACCACCGCUUCAGUGGAGGACGAGGCGUGGCACCACUACGCCUUCACGUGGGCUGGGGUUCUACAGUGCCCCGCUGGUUAUCAACUGUUCAGAGACGUCUGCUACAAAGUGUUCGACACUGAGAAGGACUACCUCGGGUCGGCGGCUGUUUGUGAAGAGGACGGCGGCACGCUGGCAACUCCUCGGGACCAGGCUACCGACAACUUCCUCAUCAGGCUGAGAUCUUCCCUAAACCCAAGCGUCAGAUACUGGAUAGGACUGGCGGAUAGAGAGGAGGAAGGAACGUGGAGGUGGACUGAUGGACGGCCAGUGGGCAGCUUUACGAACUGGGCAAUCGGGGAGCCGAAUAAUGCCGGCAACGAGGACUGUGCUGUGUACGCCGCCCACCCGUCCAUACGGGACAGGUGGAACGACGUGCCCUGUUCUCUCCGCUACCGAUUCAUCUGCCAAAAGCCUGCAGCGGUUCUACAGUGUCCUGCGGGAUAUCAGGCCUUCAGAGACGCUUGCUAUAAGGCUUUCGACGCAGAGAAGGACUACGCCGAGUCGGAGGCAGUGUGUCUGUCGGCUGGCGGUACACUGGCCAUGCCCCAGGACAAGUUGCUCAACAGCUUCCUCAUACAACUAAAAAAUUCGUUGAAUCCUAGAGUAAGGUACUGGAUAGGCCUUAACGAUAAAGCAGAGGAAGGAGCCUGGCGUUGGAGCGACAACCAGGCAGUGGGAGACUUCUCCAGUUGGGCUGAAGGGGAACCGAACAACGCAGGGAACGAAGACUGCACGGUCUACGCUGCCCAUCCCUCUAUAAGGGACAAGUGGAACGACGUCCCGUGUUCGCUUCGCUACCGGUUUAUCUGCCAAGUACCGGUAACGGGCUCCGAGCAACAGUGGGCUUUCUACGUGGACGGUCAGCGGAACACCGGCGGUUCUGAGGCCGGCGGAGGGCGGCUCAUCCCCGGCGGAGGGACGAUAGUCCUGGGCCAGGACCAGGAUGAGAUUCUUGGUGGAUUCGACAGCAAAGAAUCAUUCAAGGGAAAACUUAGCAGGUUAAAUGUGUGGGACCACGUCCUUACCGAGGACCAGAUCUCAGUCAUGGCCCGACACUGCACGGAUGACUCCGGAAACGUCCGAGCCUGGCCGGAUUUCAGAGCAGCUGCUGAAGGCCUGGAAGUCAGACAGGGGUCAGCUUUCUGUGCUGGGAAGCCGUCUCUAGCCGGCGUGAACGAGUGUGAAUCUAAUCCAUGCCAGAACGGAGGGUCGUGUGUUGACCACAUCAACACCUUCACCUGUCUCUGUACACGAGGAUAUAGUGGGAUAAACUGUGAAAAAGACCUCAACAAGUGUGGCCCGAAAAACGAACCAUGCGACUACAAGUGUCACGACAAAGACACCGGAUACAGGUGUAAAUGCAGAAAACGGUUUGAGCUGUUCAACAACGUCCACUGCAUAGAUGAAGACGAAUGUACCACAAGAAAUGGCGGCUGUGACCACAACUGCAUCAACACUCCCGGCUCACAUCUGUGCUCAUGUUACCCUGGAUAUGUCCUUGGUGCUGACCAGAAGUCAUGUGUAGAUGUGAAUGAAUGCGCUGGUAUUGAGCUGAGAGACGGUCGACAGUUAGAAAAUGGCGGCUGUACCCACACCUGUGUGAACCUGGAGGGCGGCUAUGAAUGUAGAUGUCCAGCAGGACUCGUCUUGACUGAAGACGGCAGAUCUUGUCAAGAUAUUGACGAAUGUAAGACUGGUGCGGCAGAUUGUUCUCAACUCUGCAUCAACACACUCGGGUCCUUCCAAUGUGCCUGUCACCCUGGGUAUAGUCUACUUGCUGAUGGCAAGAUGUGCCAAGGUGGAGUGAGAAAUAACCUUGCAGUCGGUAAGACAACAACACAGAGUUCAGACUACGUUCACCUUGGGGAAGCCUUGGUAUCAGGGAAGGCUGUGGAUGGUUCCAGAGCGACUGAUAUUAGUCAAGGAAAAGCGUGCACCCACACACAACUGGACUAUCAGCCAUGGUGGAAGGUGGACCUCUCGCGUACCUACACAGUCCGCCGAGUCCGGAUCCUAAACAGGGGUGACUGCUGCGGAGAACGAUUGAAAGACCUCAUGGUGCGAGUUGGGCCGAAUGAGGACUUUUCCCAGAAUACGCAGUGUGGGGGGACUUACACGGACACUCCAACUGAUGGGCAGACCAUUGAGAUGCACUGCAACCCACCCAUAGCCGGCCGGUAUGUGUCUAUACAGGUGAUGGGUCGGAAAGAGUUCUUGUCACUGUGUGAGGUGGAGGUCUAUGCAGACACAGACAUACGUUACCUCGGCUGUUAUGAAGACCAUAAGGAGCGGAUCUUCCCGUCUGACCGCAUGGAUUCAGACCAAAUGACUUCGGACUUAUGCAUUCAACAUUGCACUUCACACGGACACCAAUAUGCGGCCACUCAGUACUCCCGCCAAUGUUUUUGUGGCUCUCGUGACGACUUUCUCGGGAUCGGAGGGCGCCGGCCGGAGUCGGAGUGUAACAAACGCUGUCCAGGACGUACCACAUCAGAUGAAAUGUGUGGAGGGAGCUGGAGAAUGUCCGUGUACAGGACCGGCCGCUCAGAAGAUCGUUCCUGUAGCAGGCUCCCUGAGGUUGAACACGGCAUGUUUGAGGUGUCCUCAUCAGACAGUACAGUAGGACGUGUGGUGUGUAACGACGGGUACCGCGUACUGGGGAACCCCGUGCUUCGGUGUGACAUGACCGGCCACUGGGGAGGAGCGCUCCCGAGGUGUAUAGUGCACGACUGUGGGAAACCGAAACAACUGAAAAACGGAGCUCGACUAGGAUCGGGACAUUCCGUGGAGUACAACUGUAACAAGGGUUACCUCAUGGUGGCAGGGGACGGAGGAAGGACCUGUCAGUCAAAUGGCGUGUGGAGCGGAGAACAUCCCGUCUGUAAAAAGGCAGACUGUCCCCAGCUUCCAAAAGCAGAAGGCCGUCUUCGCGUACUUGGUUCCCAGCUGAUCACAGGGAGCAUGGUGCGGUUUGUCUGCCCGCCUGGGUAUGACCUGCACGGACCGGCUACCUCUACCUGUGGCGCUAAUGGCCAAUGGUCACAUGGCAAUGACCUGCCAGAAUGCGACAAAAACGAAACGGAGAAUUAAGACGAGUCGAGUCCGGACGUUCACGCCAAGAAUGUCUAAAUGAAGCGUGAGAUGAUUAAAUGAUCAACAACUUCAUUCUGGUGGUCUAUAUAAUCGCGAAUUGUCAAGCAACAAUAACAGCAUUUUCUCUCGUCAAAAUGUAACAGAUAACCAAUUGUUACAAAAUACUUUUGUACAUGUUGUGAUAUAAAGAAGCAAAUGUGCUUUUUUAUCUUUAUUUCUUCGCGAUUUAGGCUUGGAUCUGUUUGCAAUGAUCGAUAUUGCAACUAAGUGUAUAUAGUGAUACUUAUUGCUUUAUUAGUUGCUCUUUUUAAUUCCUAACCGAGAACAAUAUUACUAUAUCUUUCAUAUUAGACCGCAAACUGUACUAGAUAUAGAUAAAUAUAAAAAAACUCAGCCAGUCUAGAACAUAAGUCAUAAAAACAUUAUAUGACCUUACAUGCUAAAAGUGUUUUUAAGUGUUGCUUGUGUCACAAUUAAAGUAAUUUCAUCUACGUCUUGCAAUGAAAGAAGACAAUAAAGACUAAGACUAUCUUUA